AUCAUAUUUUUAGUCAGAGAACGUUUUUAAAUUUUACCAUGAUUCCUCCUCGUUAUGGUCUCUCGAUAUUUUCGCUUUUUAUUUAAUGUGUUUGUAGCUUUUAAUAAUUUUAUAUUAGCGUAGACUGACUUAUAUUUCGUGUAUGUUUGAGCCACAUGGUUUAUAUUAACCAGUUUACAUUAUUUUCAGUUUAUUUUUGACAACAUAUGCAGUAUUAAAAGCAACAGGGGUGCCCUUUACUCCAGAAUUGAAAAUGAACUAAAUGCACUUCUUUGAACAGACAAACUUUAUACGUUUUUUAGACCGAUAAUGCCUGCCAGCUGUUUCAUAAUGGUUUUUGGAAAAUUGCCGUAUUCAUUUGGUACCCGUAUGUCGCCGAUAUUAAACUAAAGACCCUUUUAACGUGCCUCAACGCACGAAAAAAAAAUACAACACUAACUGUAUUUCCUGUGUUGUAUUUCCCAUUUGGCAUUCAAAUUAAAUGACGUAUAUAUUUCUUUUCAAGUUUCCCUUUCAUUGUUUUUAAUAAAUAGUCCAUCGCGUGCCUGGGUGUCGCUCGGUCCGAUAUCCAUGUCUAUAAAGAAACGGUUGCCAGCUGCCGAUCGAGUGCUUCUUUGAUUUCCCUUUGUGUGCUGUUCUGUAGCAGGGAGGAACGUUUGCCUGAGGAAGAUUGUUGCUGUUGUUUUUGUGGUAAAUUGCUCUAAUGCCUUCCCACCAAUGCUGACGACGGAUGAAAAUAAGCUGUUACCUUUGAGCUCUGAAAGGCAAGCAACAGAUUAUACUCGUGCGUCAGUGUAAUUCUUUAGUAGUUGUUCAUUAUUUGCCAGUCUGACGCUUAUGUAAUAAUCCGCACUCUUUUGCCGAAAGCUCAGUUUUCUGCGUAGCAAAAAGUUAAUCAUAUUAAAUGUAUUUUCAAUAAGUACGCGGGCGAAAAGCUACUGAGGGAUUCUUGUUUUCAUAUUCAAAUUUCGAUUACGUUUUUUUUUUUCAAAAAAAGACCCACACAAUGAAAGCUUUACUGCAAACAACAGGGAUCUAUGCCAGAACUAAGCACCAAGUUUCUUUACAUUUCAUUUCUCCUGUUUAGGAAAAACAUCAGUGGAAACAUCACGGCCAAAAGACCGGUUAGUUGAAAUUCUUUGGGUUACGUCAUAGCAGACGAACUGACGACACAAGGUUUAAUUUGCUUCGUUUUACACCUCCGCGGUGAGUGGUUUUGGACGUAAGUCAUUUAGUCCAACACUGUAUCGGACAAUGACCUCGCAUUGUUAAUAUAAACAGAGAAAACGAGUUGAUGUAAGCUGAAAUUUGUGGACGGAGUUGAAGGUUUCAUUUGUGUUGCUUGUUCGCAGUGCUGGUUUUAAAUAUUCACUGCUCUCAGACAUAACUGGAUUGAUCGGUGAAGACCUAUUGUUAUCACUGUAUAGAGAUUAGUGCUGCAAGAACUGUCUGCAAAAGAGAGGAAAACAACUUCAUCUGGGAAGAAUUAAAUAUAUAUUUCAAACAGCUUCGUAAACUGAAAUGUGACCGUCUCAGGGAAAAUGUCUAUGCUUGAAGUAAACAACACAACAUCUGCCGCAGUUCAGGACCAGAUGGUGAGCGAUGAACGACGACUUGAAGCUCUACCACAACUGCUACCUAUCGGUUUUUUAAUAGUUCUGACAAACUUUGUGGUUUUCCUUCUCUUCUACUCAAGCCAAAGUUUACGAAAACCCUCUAACUAUCUCUUGUUAAGUUUGGCAAUUUGCGACUUCCUGAACGGCUUUGUGAACAUUCCGCUCUUCUUAUUGGUCUUCAUCCGAGUGGUUAAAGGGUCUAAAUUCCUCGUUCUUCUUUGCGCUGUUGAGGUUUCACACAAUUUUAUCGCCAUCACAGCCGCUUGCCACAUCGUUCUGAUAACCGCAGCGAAGUACUUGGCUGUGAUGCGGCCUCUGAAGUACCACGUGAUCAAGAAGAGAACAAUGCUGCUUGUGAUUGGUGGAGCUUGGAUCAUUUCUGCUCUCGUAGCGGCAGCUCCUAUCGGCUGGUUUUCCAUGAGAAAUCGCAAAGAGCGAACCGGUUUGAUCUUGGAAACUGCUUUCAAUGUUUUCUGCCUGGUCGCAGUCUUUGUAGUGCCUUAUACCUUUAUCUUAUUUGCUUACAUCACCAUGUUUAGAAAAGUUUGCAAGAGAAACCACCACCGGGGUCUUAACAGACGUACGAGGUCCAGAAGUCGCAAGAAGAAGAAAACCGAACGGAAAUGCCUAAUCAUUUUUGCUACCAUGGCAACUGUUUUCGUCGUCUGCUGGUUCCCCUGGUUUGUCUUGCGCCUGAUUUAUUCUUUGAUCGGACAGCGGUUGAUCCAACAUGACCCUGUUGCCAUGAUGAUCACUGCACAGGUUUUCCUGAUCGUCAGAUACCUUACGUCAUUCAUCAAUCCUCUGCUUUACACAUUUUUCAAGCAGGACUUUUGGAGUGCGCUGAAACGAACGGUCAUAAAGAUGUCGAGCCGAGAAAAGAUCUCAAACUCACGACCUCGGACAGCAGGCUGAAACGACGAUCGACAAAGAAGUCGACAAACCGUAAUCAAACUAACUCUUUGAAAAAGUCGAGAGUGCAAAAUCGCAAACAUUUGUGCAAUCGUGUUCAAGUCGUGUAGCUACUAGGGUAACGGAUUUCAAGUGCGUGUUUGCGAUAUAAUUUUAGGGGCAGGGCCGUAACGAGUUAUAGGCAAACAAAAGCACUUCCCUCAGUCAUUUUUUCGUUUUUGUUGUUUAUAGAAUAGUUAUCAUAAACACCCUCAAUGCCAAGGAAGAGAAUUUAACCAUGGGCAUUGCCUUAACAUAAUAUCUCUUUCUGGUUACGACCUUGAAAGGUUCGGCUAAAAUAAUAGGGUUAGGGUGGGGUCCAAACCUUACUGACAGCAAAUGAAUUGUAUCGUGUGUAAGAUCCCUGAAAUUGAUGCGUGCGUGUAAUGAUAAAGGAGAAUUACCUCUUCCUAUAUGACCUAUAUGUUAACACGGCCCAAUAUCAAAGGGAGGAUUCUGAGUGGUUUCUUUAAGAGUUUUAAAUUUUGCAACACGGAUCCGGACCACAAAAAUGGACCGCCCACGGAUUAGUUUCGACCAAUUGCUACUCCAAGCAUUGUACUAAAAAAUGUAAGAAAGCAGAGAUCUUUUACCCUUGAGUUCAACGUCCACGCUACUUCGAUAACAUUUUAAUACAAAACUGCGGGGAACAAUUAAUUCAACGCAGAACCACUGCGUUCACAUUGACGACUUUAUCGGGGUCGGCAAAUCUCUCAGCCCUUUCUAGCCAUGUGGCUAUCUAAUCUCCAACCCAUCAGCCGAAAAACUCUUUCAUUUUCCAAAACUUAACUCUCCGAGAGAUUGGGCAUACUUUUAGAACAAUAAGUUAACAUUUAUCAUAACGACUCGAGAAAUUCUUUUAGCAUUAGGCUUUGAAGAGGAACUUUGUUGAACACUCGGGCGAACAAACCAUCUUUUGGGCUUGUUGGCUAAAUUUUCACAUAUCAUUUAGUUUAAUCAGAAGCUCAUAUGUCGAUAGCAGCUGCUCUUAUUUCCUUUGGAGAAAUGCGCCACAAGGUUUGAGGAAAAUUUUUCACUUUUAAAAUAUCCUGCUGAUAGACGAGGGAAAUCAGUAACUAUUUUACCUUAGUUUACACCACAUAAGUGAAUGGUGCUUUUCUCGCUAUCUGAUUGAUCAACUUGGAGGUGAUUUGCAAAGUGCUAGUCAUCUCCACUUCGAUGAAUAAUUGUUAAAUAUUAAUAAGAGAUUGUAGAGAUGAGAGAGUUUCCUCAUUUUCUUUAAUAAGGCUUUAUUCUCUGCAAAAGUGAGAAAUUUUGAAGUUUUUGGGACAAAUGUAAAACGUGGACAAAAGAAUUCUUCAUAGGCAGAAUUAUGUUUGAGGACUUGCGAUGUCUUCUGAUGAAAGUCAUUAAUCUUGUAACAGCUUCCAUACUAAGUCAGAGGUUAAAUUAAAUAAAAACGUUAUCUUAUGCAGGAAACAAGAGGCCACCCGAUUGAUAAACCGUUUCUGAACUUGCAUUAGGGGCACCCAACGACGAUUUUCUCUCAAAUACAUUAAAAGACUGUUUUAGGUUAUUUGGAGUCAAAAUCCUCACCCAUUCAUUUAACUUAUUACUGUAGUUUUCUUCGCAGCAGCCCUCUCGGUUCCCUUUAGUUUUGACCGGAAACACUUUGUCACCUCUCUGCAAAAAAGGGCAUGGCAGUUCCUUUUUGCCUAAUACCUGGAAAAUCGCUUCAAUUCUUGAGUUAAUAUUGUUUUUCCAAAUAAGGUUUCUUUUCGCGUUAUUUAUUUGGGUACUCUGUACGG